AUGGAACGAAGCGAGCUGCCGACUGUUUCUCCCAACCCUCCUGGUGCUGCACAGACAACCGAAGUUACGCCAAAUUCUCCUUCAAACGACGAAUUUUGCCAAGCCGACUUUCCGGAAUUCGAGAAAGAAGAUGCUGUUGACUGGGAUUCCUGGCUCACCCCCGAAGCACUCAGCGGGGAAGGCCCACCGCGCUUUGGAUGA